GUGCUGUAUUGGUGAGUAGUGGUUUGUUCUAUUGAUUUUGAAUUUGAUUAGUUUAUUGCGAUUGUUUUUGUUCUUAUCAUCCUUCCAUACAAAUUAUCCUUCCGAAUAUAUCAUCUCAACUCAAUACCCAGAACAAGAACAAGAACGAAAACGAAAACAAAAACGAAAACGAAAUAAGAAUACCUUGAAAUAUGAAUCCAUCGCCAUCAUCCACCUUUCUCAUCACAGUCGCAGUCCUUGCGGGCAUCGCAACAGCAGGACCGGUCGCGUAUGGUGUUUGUCAGAGUGGGUGUGCGGCCGUAGUGAUGGCUUGUUAUGGGGCGGGGGGUGCAACGUGGGGCGCGACGCUGGGAGCGACGGCCCCGGCGACCAUCGUGGCGUGCAAUACGGCGUUUGGGGUUUGUAGCGCGAAGUGUGCGGGGUUGCUUGUGGCGCCUAUUCCUUGAGUUUUCUGGGGGAAGGGGAUGAAGAGGGGAUGGAGACGGGAAGGAGGAAAGAUGAUUUGAUUUUGAUCUUGAGGGAGGGGGCGAUAUAAAGCGAGAUUGUUGUGGUGUGAUGUGUGAUAUGUGAUAUGGAGAUUGAUAUAUUUGUGCAGUGAGACUUUUGAUACUGAGGAAUUUCUGAUGAUCGAUUGGGAUUUGAGAUUUGGGAUUUGGUUUAAGCUCAAGAUUGUAUUCGGAGAAUAUCUAUAUUGGUGUUCUGGGAACGCGAUGGUGAUGGUGUUGAUGAUGGUUAUGGAGAUUGGCAUUGAGAUGUAAUGGGUUUUUUGUUGUUUGUUUGAAUAAUGAUGAUUGAUGAUUUGUGAUUGAUGAUUAAUGAUUAAUACUUUUGAGA